AUGUCACCUGGUGGUGCACAACCGAGCCAGCCAAACUCAUCAUCUACUCCGCCACACCCCAAUGUACCAGCUCAAGCUGUGAGCUCAAUAAAAACUACCCCAAACAGUCGCGGGGCUGCUACUGUCAGUGAACACAUUGGCCUGGUUGGUACUUGGGUUAAUCAAGUCCGCCCAUGGGUUCAGCAUGACAUCGAGAAGGCUGAGAGAUACCACGUAGAUAAGAUGCUGGAAGUCCUCUUGCAGCGCACUUCUCUAAAUCCAAAGACUGAACAGCCUGACCUCCUGGGAAGGUGUCUCCAGGCCGUUCUAUCAGUUUGCAAUUGGACUGCAAUGCCCAUUGGUAAAGCCCCUGAUAAAGACUUUCAUUCUUCUUGCAUCAAGGACACCCUUGACAAAUAUGUGUUGAAAGGAGUCGAAGAGGACUACUACGAGCCUUUCAUCACAGCCACCAACAUUGCGCUGGCUUGUUUUGACAAUAUCAAGAUCGAAGGAAUGCGUGCUACUUUGGGCAAGCCAGAUAUUGUCUUGCAGCUGAAUGAUAUCAAAAUGACCCAAUCCCACCAGAACACGACAUUGCAACAGCGGCCCGACGUCAUCAUACUUCCUUUGCAAAGCUCACUCGACGCCUUCCAAGAUGGUGAUAUAUUUGGAGACGUGGAGUAUAUCCUCAAGAAUACAAUCAAGGAACCGAAAGCAAAACUCCUUUGGAAAAACGUGCUGGCAUCGAUCGAGUUCAAGAGAAAGAUGAAGAAGUAUCUUCGUGUCCCCUCCUCAUAUGACGUGAAGAGUUAUGUCCCUACAAAGCCAGAAUAUCUGGGAGUAGAAACUCCUGCCACCAAUGCCCCCAAGACCCCAGUGUCAGGCCCUUCGCAGACCCAAGCGAAACAACUUAAAGCUGCCCCUCCAACUAUACACCGUUUGAACCGUCUUAUUGCACAGUCCCCGGCCACGACCAGUAACUCCAGUUCCAAGCACAAGGCAGAGGAACCUUUGCAAUACACUGGCAAGCGAACCAAGACCAGUGAGAUGGAGCCCAAGUUAGAUGUGACUGUCCAAACAGGACUAUAUGCUGCCAAAAUGUUCGCAGCAAAUAUUGCAGUCAAACAUCUCCUUAAUCUUAUUAUCAUCGAUGCUAUUAUCUGGGUCUGGUACUAUGAUCGACAGGGCACUAUUCAAUGCUCGGGCAUCAACUUCAUUGACGAUCUUCCACGAUACAUGGAUUGGGGUCGAAACCCGAACUUCGAAGAAGUUGAGCAAGGAGGUUCACACACAUUGAAAUUGGACGACGAGGAAGAGGGCUCGCAAAUAUUGCAAUCGGAUGACAAGGAAGGAAGUUCUCAAAUGUUGGAAGUCGACGGCAUGGAUCUUCUCUUCCACACCAGCGACAAAGCAAGAGUCACUCACUACGGACUGAAAGGACGGGCCACAAAUGUGGUCCUGGUCACCAGCGAAUACCUAGCUAAGAAAUACCCUGAGGUACAGAAAGAUGGAAUGGUGGCCAAAAUAUUCUGGGCAGAGGAGGGAUGGACUAGCGAGCCGGAGAUCUUGAAAAAGGUUGAAGAGAUUGCCAAGACGGAGAAGGCCGUGGAAGGCCAUACACCUCACCUGCUUUGGCACCACAAGUUCAAAAAUCCUACCUCUGCAAUCCGAGAAGCACUUUGCCUUCCAGAACCCAAGAAGGGCAGCCGCGUGCUCUACAUUCUCGUUUUCUGCAGACUCCAACCCAUCACAAACCUCGAAGGCGAACGUCUUUUCGAUGUGUGGUGUCAAUGCAUCUUGUGUAUGUGGUUCGUUUCGUUUAUGUGGAUCUCCAUUGACACUAUCCCUCCUAACAUGAUGUUUUAUGAGACCGAUAAAGGUGUCCUUAUGGGUGUCUUAAACGACUUUGAUCUAUCAUCGUUGGCAACCACAAAGGGGCCUCUAGGCAAUGAGUGCACAGGCACAGUGCCAUUCAUGGCACUCGAUCUUCUCACCGAAGAAGGUCUACGAGGUGAAGUCGAGCACUUGUAUCGUCACGAUCUUGAGUCCUUCAUGUGGGUUCUCAUCUGGGUCUGCUUGCGUUACAGGAAGGGAGUCCUCUUACCCCCUGAAACUCACCCUUUGGAUGCAUGGGCAACUACAGAGGCUAAGGCAUGUGGCAAGAAGAAGUACUAUUUUAUAGGUCGUAUUUCGCGUUACUGA